AUGAGAUCUGAGGAUCAACUGUUGAAUAGGAGGAUCACUAUGACUAUAGCACUUGGUAAAUUUACCAAAGAUGAAAAUGAUUUAUUUGAUAUUAUGGAUGACUGGUUACGGAGGGACCGUUUCGUUUUUGUGGGUUGGUCCGGUCUAUUGCUCUUUCCUUGUGCCUAUUUUGCCUUAGGGGGUUGGUUCACAGGUACAACCUUUGUAACCUCAUGGUAUACCCAUGGAUUGGCCAGUUCCUAUUUGGAAGGUUGCAACUUCUUAACCGCCGCAGUUUCUACUCCUGCUAAUAGUUUAGCCCAUUCUUUAUUAUUACUAUGGGGUCCUGAAGCACAAGGAGAUUUUACUCGUUGGUGUCAAUUAGGUGGCUUGUGGACUUUUGUUGCUCUCCACGGAGCUUUCGGACUAAUAGGUUUUAUGUUACGUCAAUUUGAACUUGCUCGAUCCGUGCAAUUACGACCUUAUAAUGCAAUCGCAUUCUCUGGUCCAAUUGCGGUUUUUGUUUCUGUAUUCCUGAUUUAUCCACUAGGUCAGUCUGGUUGGUUCUUUGCGCCUAGUUUUGGCGUAGCAGCUAUAUUUCGAUUCAUCCUCUUUUUCAAGGAUUUCAUAAUUGGACACUGA